AUUUAUGAUUUUAUUCAGAUGACUUCAAACCUGCAUCAAUUGAUACAUCUUGUGAAGGAAACCUUGAAGUUGGUAAAGGUGAACAGGUAACAGUAAUGUUGCCAAAUAUUGAGGGCUCUACUCCACCAGUAACAGUUUUCAAGGGUUCCAAGAAGCCAUAUCAAAAAGAAUGCAUCUUAAUAAUUAACCAUGACACUGGCGAAUGUAGACUAGAGAAACUUAGUAGCAAUAUCACAGUGAAGAAAACAAGAGGUGAAGGCAGCAGCAAGGUGCAGUCUCGUAUUGAGCACCACCAGCAGCAGUUAAUGAAACACACUAAUAAGAUGCCAAACAACCACAAAUCUUCUCCACCAAAAGAAAAGGUCUCUCCACCUUCUCCUAUGGAUGAUAUUGAAAGAGAGCUAAAAGCAGAAGCUAAAAUCAUAGAGCAAAUGAGCAGCUCUGAUAGUUCAUCGGAAUCAAAAAGUUCAUCUGCUUCAUCAAGUAGUGAAAACAGCUCUAGUGAUUCAGAAGAAGAAGGAUCAAAGCUAUCGCUUCCCUUGUCAAUGCCACACCUGCAGCCACCGCAUCCCAUGAUGACAGUAUCACAACAGGCAUUCCCAGAUGUGGAGAUUGGAUAUCGCAGAAGUCAAGAGAGCAGUGGCCGUUUGAUGAAUACGCUGAGAAAUGAUCUCCAGUUGAGUGAUUCUGGAAGUGACAGCGAUGAUUGAAGAUGCUUUGAAAUUUUGAAGAUGCAUUAUUUUCCUUGUUGAAGAUGAAAAGACAUUUAUUUUGCACUAAGUAAUAAAAUUAGAACCAUGUUAUGAACUUUGAUAAUGAAGUUGACUUAAUUUUUAUGGCAUGAAGUUCCUUCUGCCAUAACUUUAUAUGGCUGUUUUAAAUGUCUGGAUAUUGGAUAUUUUAGCCAAGCCAGAGUAGCUUCUACUACCUCCUUUACUUAAAAGUUGAAACAACUAACUAUUAUGUGUGAUUUGAAUGUGGAGGAAAUAUUUGUUUAUAAUAUACAUAUUUUGGAUGAAACUUUUUCUUGAGCGAACAUGUUUAUAAGUGAGAGAAAACAGUUGAUAUCUGUUACAUUUUUAUUCUUGGGAGCUAAUGCUAUUAAAGUACUUUCUAAUCAAUAGUACGGGACUAUCCAAUUUCGUGUAACAAUUGAACUGUAAUGAACACAAUCUGGUUCC